AUGGAGAAAAGAAAGAGAGAAGGAAAAAGAGCAGAGAAAACGCAGGGCUUGAAGGUUUUGUGGCGGAGUAGGCGCAGUGGUAUUCACUGUCCUCCCUUCUUCACCCAUCACAAAGCUAUUUCCCACAUUCCCAACCUUGUUGCUGUCAAUGAUUUUGACUCCGAAGUGCUGGUUGAAGGCGAAGGUUGUUCCAGAACUGCAAUUCUUAACAGACCCCAUGCUCUCAAUGCUCUCAAUGCUUCAAUGGGAGCUAAACUGCAAAACCCGUACAAGUCUUGGGAAGAAAAUCCUGAUAUCGGUUUUGUGGUAAUGAAGGGCAGUGGCAGGGCAUUUUGUGCUGGUGGAGAUAUUGUUGGUCUCUAUAAGUUAAUAAAUGAAGAAAAGAUUCAAUGUACACUCAGAUCAAGGAUUGAAGCUCAAAUGUGUUAUCUUUUGUCACCACUAUGGAAGUGCUCAUUGUUAGUGCACGAAACAUGCAGUCCAAACUCUUAGAUCUAAGCUUCUUGAAGAAUACAAGAGGUUUCUUUUAUGAAAAACCUAGAGAUUGUAUCUACAUUCAAAAUCAACAAUACGAUAUUUGUUUAUUUUUUCUUUCCUUUUAGUUUAGAGCUUGAUAUUUGUGUAGACAUGGGGAUUCUCUUGUUUUAAUCUUUUACCAAGUACAUUUGUUUCUGUCCUUGUUAUUUUUCUACUUCACAAUUCAUUUCCUUUCAAGGUCAAUAUAUUGUAUUCUUUGUGCCCUUGUUACAUGGUUGAUGCCAUGUUUCAACAUCUAAUUGAUAUGCAGGUUGCAUUGGAUCUAAUUGCUUAGACAUUUUCUUGUGUUUGAUGAUGUUAUUGUAAUUUUUUGUUCAUUUUAAUUAGUGAAACUGAAUCUUGUUUCUAAGCAAUUUUGUAACCUUUGGUCCACUC